AUGUCUGGCGCUGGACAGGCCAAGAAGAAGCAAAAGACGACUAGCAUCAAUACUAAUCCUCCGAAACUGGAUGACGACUUUCAAUGUCCAAUAUGUAGAGAAAUCAUCACUGAAGCAUUCAUGACUAAAUUGAGCAAGCUAAUUGAAAAGCAUCUUGCUGGUACUCGAAACAUGAUUGGAUCGUCGUCUCCAGCUGCUACGAAAUCAUUACGUGGAACACUAGCUCCUACUGCAGAAUCGCAUUGGAGUGUUAACGAUAUCAACAACAUCCUCUCGUCACUUCUUGAUCGUAAACGCCAACUGGAAACAACUCAGAAAGAAAUCGAACUGGAACUCGUAUCUGAGUUCUUGAAAAAGGCCAAACAGGUCAAGGAAGAUGAAUUAACUCGAGUUACCAGAGAAUUGGAAAUCAUUCAAACUGACUUGGAUGUCGUGUCGACUCAAUAUAGUAGCACGUCGUUUCGUCGUCCUGAUGCUCUGUCAGCAAUGCCAAUGUCAAGUGGUGGGAGUAUUGGUAGUAAUGGUGAGGUGGCACAGGUUCCUGAUGGUUCUGGUGAUGCUAUUGUUGCUGAUGCUGAUGGAAGGACGAGGAGGAAAAGACGACAUUCUGAUAUUGACGACAAUGAAGAUGAGUCGGAGACUGCAUCUGUAGCAUCAUAUCCGACCGACACCACUCCAAAUCGUAUUGGAAUUGAUUUGGAAUCAUCGACGAGUACGUUGAAGCUUGCCAAAAAGCAAAAGGAGAGAGUCUUUCGUCACUUUGAUGAGCUGGUACAUACGUACUUUGAUUCCAGGAUGGCGAAUUUACCAACUUCUGUAAAUAAAAAAUCAAAAGACUUGACACCAUUAUCUCGCUUCAGCACAGACUUAUAUAAUUUUUCUCGACCGUCCCGUCUCACAGUCCUAGCCAAAAUAUAUUACGCCGACAACUUCCAUAAUCCAGGUUCAGCUAUUGUAUCAUCCAUCGAUUAUGAUCGAGACGAUGAAUUCUUUGCAACAGCUGGGGUCUUGAAACGAAUCAAGAUUUUCGAGUUUGCCAGUAUCGUGUCUGAUUAUCGAGACACUGUAUCUUCUCGAGAUCACGUCAAUGACCAAACAGAUGAACGAAGGAGGUCAAGAGCCGGGUUUAUAACUUCUGCAAGUAAUAAUAGCAGUCCGAGUUCGAGUAGUCAUACUGCUACGAGUCCACGAGCACGAGGUUUGUUGGGAUCUACAACUGUUGACGAUGGUGUGAGUCGAUUACGACGUGUGCUGAGUCGUAUAGCGCCUAGAAAUCCAGGCGGAGGUGGUAAUGAUGAUCAGGAUGAUAUUGCUGGUGGAGCUAGUAGUACGGCUGCAGCAGAAGAUGAUGAUCAACAGCAAGCUGCAGCUAUAGAAACAGACAAUAGUAGUGCUGUAGAUGAUGAAGAGGAAGAUGAUGACGAUGACGAUGGUGCUUCAGGAAGUAGUAGAAGGCCGGCUAGACCGUCGCAACCGGCGGCGUUUGCUGUAGAGGAUGAAGAUGAUGAUGACGUAGACCUGGAUCGUAAUGAUGGGCUUGAUAAUGUUCCGCGGUAUCCUGUUCGAGAGGUUGCUUGUAGGUCUAAGAUCAGUUGCCUAUCAUGGAACUCCUACAUCAAAGCACAACUAGCCUCAUCAGAUUAUGAAGGUCUAGUGAGUCUCUGGGAUGUCCAAAAUGGAUCACUGCUGACAUCUUAUGAUGAACAUGAGAAACGAACAUGGUCGUGUGAUUUCUCACGAGUAGAUCCAACUCGACUUGCGUCAGGUGGUGAUGAUUCUAGAAUCAAGAUAUGGAGUACCAAUCAGGCUCGUAGUGUAAUGACUAUUGAUUCCAAGGCUAAUAUCUGUGCUGUGAAAUUCAAUCCUGAGGUUGGACAUCAGUUGGCUUUUGGUAGUGCAGAUCACAAUAUACAUUAUUAUGACUUGAGGAACACAGCUCAAGCCUUGUAUGUAUUCAAGGGUCAUCGAAAGGCAGUAUCCUAUGUGAAAUUCCCACAUCGAGAUACCAUGCUGACAGCAUCAACAGACUGCACACUUCGAUUAUGGUCCCUCUCUCAAGUCGGAAUCUCAUCUCAGCCGUCUAUGGGUCCUCCCUCGUAUCUAUCAAACACGACCCGUCAUCCGGGAACAUCAGCAGCCUCUGCACCACCUCCAUCUAGCUUACUAGUGCCGCCCAUGACCAGCAGUAAUAGCAACUCGAUGGGACCAACAGGAAUCCUCAAUGAUCCAUCAAUGUCAAAUCUUAAACACAUUCCAGGAAUCCCAGCCGGUUUAGAUCCGUUACCGCCUGGAUGUAUACGGGCGUUCGUUGGACAUACCAAUGAAAAGAAUUUUGUGGGGCUGUCUGUGAACAGUGAUUCACAGUUUGUAGCGUGUGGGUCGGAGACGAAUUCAGUGUUUGUGUAUUGGUUGCAUGUUGGAUCACCUGUUGUGGUGUACAAGUUUGGAAAUGGGGUUGAUCCUGUUACGGGAGAAGAAUUGGCAGAUGAAGAUCCCGCACAAUUUGUGUCAUCAGUUGCGUAUCGUCGAACACAUCCCAAUGUGUUGAUUGCAGCAAAUUCACAAGGACGUGUAAAGGUCCUUGAAAUGGUGUAG